GCUUCAGUCGCGCUCCGUGACUUCAGCAGGGAAGUACGGGCCUUUGGUCGUAUGACACCCCUUUUUUUUCAGUUUUGUGUUGACUGUAUUUUUUUCUUCGGACACUUUGUGCUUUAGUGUGACUCCCCCUGUGUAUGUCGGAUUUUUUUCUCUCUCGCUUGAGUUUGAUUUUUGGGUGAUGGUUGUGUGUGAUCAUGUAAUUGGCGGGCCCUAAGGAGUGAAGUUCAAGGGAUGUCUGGAUGUUGGCUACAAUGGCUACAGUUACUUCCGGCCUUCUCUCUCCAAAUUCGUAUGGCCUAAAUCCAGACCAAGUGGCGGCCAAAAUGACCGCCGAAAACGACACCUACGACCGGUACCACACUAGCCAGGUCUUCAGCAAUUCCGCGGCCAAUUCGAGCGACUCCGAACCGGAAACCUAUCCGACCAGUUCGCCGAAAGCUUCCGAUCAACCAAAACGCAACAAAAGGAAGAAUUUUAAACCGCGAUGUUCGAAUGUUUCGUAUCCGGAGACGCCGGAAACCGCCCUCAAUUUGGGCGAAUUUGCCACCAAUGAUAAUAUUAAUAACAAUGUUAGACGAAGGAAGACGCUGGCGACGAGGAGGGUCGUCGUUGAUGCCAAAUACUCGCCAAUGGAUUUGAGCAAAACGAACGAUAGCGAAAAUUCGAAUAAUAGCGAUACGGAUGAGUAUAAUGACGACGAAGCGGAGAGUAAAAUUCCGUCGAGUUUUUCGAUACAUACAUUGGCAAAACCGCACGUUUCGGAAGCCGGAGGACAGCAUCAGGGACAGAUUAGUGACAUGAGGGAGUACGCGAUGAAUACGAUGAGGGAACUGUUGGGGAUUUAUGGACUUACGUCGGAAGUCGCCGAGAGCAUAUCGAGGCAGCUGCCCAUCGCGGCCUUCAGCACCGGUAAAAUCUUUGAGAAUUUUACGCUGAAUCCGAUGAAAAUGGAUGUGGGUGAGCCGCCGAGUCAACCACCGACCCCUCCAAGCACGCCACUGUCGCCCAAAUCGACGACGGGGGAUCAUUCAGCCAAAUAUACCUCAACGAACAUCCCCAACAUUCCUAAUCUCGUUAUAACGCACAAUUCUAGUCCGAACAUACCUCAAAAUUUCAGCACACAGCAGAAGACGCCACUCAAUUUGGGCGUCAAACCAAAAACCAUCACCUACGCCAAUGGAGACUACGGCGGCGGCGAGGAGAAGGUGGGAGGGGACACUAAGGGGGCGCAAGCAUCGCGGGGAAUCUUUCCGUCGAAUAUUCUCCCGUUUGCACAACUCAAGACUGAUUCGACGAGUCCGCCGCCGUUUGAACAAAAUCCUCUCAAUGCCAUGAUGGCACAGUCUUUACAACCGACGUCUCGCGACGCCGUCCCGACGCCCAACCUCCUCCUCAACAAGCCCACCACCCAACUUGACUACUCCAAAUACGUGAAAAAAUUCUCUUCGUCCCUCGAAUGCGGAAGCUCCUACUGCAAGGACCUCAACUAUAGAGAGCAUUUCCACUGUUUGGACUGCAACUCGCGUGUUUUUAUCAAAAAAGAAGAAAUGAUUCGACAUUUUAAAUGGCAUAAGAAACGCGAUGAGUCCCUCCAACACGGUUUUAUGCGGUAUAGUCCUUUGGAUGAUUGCAGUGACCGUUUCGGGAAUUGUACACACAAUAAGAAGCAAACCCAUUAUCAUUGCAUCAAGGAAGGCUGUGAUAAAGUGUAUAUAUCGACGUCAGACGUCCAAAUGCAUGCGAAUUACCAUCGAAAGGAUUCGGCGAUUAUUCAAGAGGGGUUCCAGAGGUAUAGGGCGACGGAGGAGUGUGGGGCCUCAUAUUGCGCCUUCUUCGGACAAAGAACGACGCAUUUUCAUUGCCGGAGGACGGGGUGCAGGUUCACCUUCAAGAACAAAUCCGACAUGGAAAAGCACAAAUCGUACCACAUCAAAGACGAGCAGCUCUCCCGCGACGGCUUCAAAAAAUUCAUGAAGAACGAAGUAUGUCCUUUCGAAAAAUGUCGUUUCUCGAAAGUCUGCAACCACAUCCACUGUAUUCGCCCUCAAUGCAGCUACGUUUUGCACAGUUCCGGUCAACUCUUCUCCCACAAGCGAAAACACGAACGCAAAGACUCGGAAUUGGCCUACAGAAAGUACAAAUUGGCUCAAAGCAUGAUGAAGAGUCUCCAAGACGGCUCUUUAACCCCAUCUUUUGCACGCGACUACGAACAACAACUCGAAGGCUUAAAUCUCUCGAUGUUCAGCCAAAACAGUAGCACAUCAAACGUAUCGGAAACGCUCAGCGAACGCAAUUCGCCUGUGAGCUACAACGAAGAAAGCGAAUCAGCGAUUGAUUUAACAGCUGGUGAUUCAACUUUCGAAGAAACGAAUUGGAAUAGUGAAGAUUUCUGGAAGAAAUACUGCCAGUUUGUCAGUCAACAAGACAGUUGUAGCGAAAAAUGCGAUUUUAACUAUUCGGAUCACUAUCAUUGUGUUGUGGAAAACUGUGAGAUGGUUUUUAAUGCGAAAGAUGGGGUGCGUGAACAUGCACGCAAUCAUGAACAACAAGAAAUCGUCACAGAGAAUUACUACACAAGUGGGGGCUGCGAUGAUGGUUGUAUUUACCAGGACAAGGAGAAACACUACCAUUGCAAUUGGGAUAACUGUCGAGAAGUGAUUUUACCAAGUGAUAAGCCCUUUAGACGAUUGGAACAUUACAAAAUGCACGAGUAUUCAAGAAAAUUAAGCUUGACGAAAGACCCAUUGACCAUGACCCAUCUAGCCACUUCCAUUGACGGCAUGUUUUGCAGGAAGAGGGGUAGGCCGCCUAAAAAUCGGGUCAUUGAAGUAUGGAACGACUAUUCACCAGUGGGAAGCCAAAGUUUGUUGGACUCCCCCCAGGCCAUUUUCACGAGUUUCAAGCUCCCGAAACCGUCCGCUACUCCUUGUAACAGCAAAGAGGCGGAACAACAAGACUCGAGUGAUGACCGUUCGAGCACCCCCAGCCCCAAUAUGCAAGACUUCGGUCUUCAAGGUUUCGAUAUUUUCAAAGAAAACACCAAAUGCACCGACAGUUUGUGUCCUUACUUGGGUUCUACUCAUUUUCAUUGCAACCAAAAUCGUUGUCUUUAUGUGACUGACAAAGAGGACGUUUUGAUAAUGCACAGUAAGGAUUUCCACGACAAUGUUGAAAUCCUUGAUGGUUUUGAAUUUUACGACCGAAACAUUGAUUGUCGUCUAUCUGAUUGUCCGAGUAACAAAAUUAAUCGACAUUUUCAUUGCACACGCCCGAAUUGCAACUAUUCGUUUGUGCAAUAUUCAACUAUGGCCCAACAUAAUCAGAAACAUGUCGACGACGAAGCGACGAGUGUUGAAAUUAAAACGGAAAUGUGUGAAAAUUCCGACUCGAAAGCGAUGAAUCUCAGUCAGAAUUCAGAAAAUAAAGUUUCAGUGGUGAAGGCUUCAGGAACUUUCUUUCCUCUUUCUACAUUGCCAACUGAACGAAAGUCACCAGAAAUUUCUAAAAUGUUACCAACAGAUGAAAAUUUUACAGAAACCUGUAAUCAAGACACCGGAAACGGCAGUAGUACCCUCUACGGCCCGGAAUUGAGUUGUUCACGACCGUUUUGUAAGCUGAAACGCAAGUACCACUACCAUUGCAAUGCUUGCAACCAGGCUUUUUCCGAAAUGGACCGUCUGGUCGUCCACGUGGCCAAACACAGCACCGGUGCUUUGAAUAGUCAACACCAAGAAGACAACAACAACCAACAAACACCCUCUACAUCAACUCCUAACAAAACCGAAGUGAAAAUCAAUGUAGCCCCUUUACAAAGUCUCCAAAACCCAGUAAUGGUCAAACCCGAGCAUGAAACACCUUACUUGACCCCAACUUUUGACGCUUACAACCACUUUUCAAAUUUCCCGGCGAAUUUGGCCACUCAAUUUGCCCUAAUGUCACAACAACAGAGCAUGCAAAAUGCCUUCCUGCCUCAAGGAUUGUACCAAAACGCGGGGAUUCCCACUCAAUUGAUGUUCCAACACUCGCAAUUGAUGCAAAGCCCGUUAUUAGGGGGACCCCAACACGGCUACCAAAGUGACAACAUGACAAGUCCGUUGGCAGCAAUGGCGGCCAAUUUGAAUAAAAGGGCACUGAGCCCUCAUCAUGAAAUCACACCCGAACAAAAAAAAGCUAGAAUACAAAACUCGAUGAGGAUUCUAAAGGACGAACCCGUACCGGAGGGGUAUUUACGGUUCAGGUUUAAUGAGGAUUGUCAGUACCAACAUUGCGGAUAUAGAGAACACCAAACACACUUCCAUUGUCAAAGACAGGACUGUGGGUAUAGUUUUUGCGACAAAACGAGAUUUGUGCAACAUACAGCGAGACAUGAACGCUUGGAUACGCUCAUGGGGGGCGAUUUCCAACAGUAUAGAGCUAAUGUCGCUUGUGGAAGGGGCGACUGCGCCUACACCAACAAUUUAGGUUCGACCCAGAACAAGGCAUCGCAUUUCCAUUGUCUCAAGUGCGAUUUUGUUUGCACCGACACCAACAAGGUGGUGGCACACCGACGUCAGCACCAGAAAUUGGAUUCGAUCCAGGCGGCCGGUUUCGAGAAGUUUACCCCCAGUCAACAUUGUCGUGUCCCCAAUUGUCAACACAGUGGGAAACAAACGCAUUAUCAUUGUCUUUCGUGUCAAUACGCCGUUCUUGGAUUGGCCCAAAUGUCCGCACACAAGUACCGACACCUCGAAGGUUGAUUAUUUUGCUCAACAAUUGUAAAUAUGUACAGACUCGCCUGUAUACAGUUUGUAAAUAGGGUACAAGAAGGAACUCACCUCGACUAUCAAAUACCGGGGCUGUCCCGAACCCGUCUAAUUUAUUUAUCGACUGAGUCGUCGUCUGACUGAAAGUCGGAGGAUUAUUAUUCUGUAUCGGAUUGUAGAAGUUUUCCAAGUAUUAUCGUAGGGAACAAUUGUAAAUUGGAAAAAGACAUAGUAUUUUUAGGUGUAGUUUAGAGGCCUUUUUUUCAUGGAAAAAUUCUAGAUUAGUGCCUUAGAAAAAAGACAUAUAAUUUUGGUGCCUUCUCGGGUACUUUGGGUAGAGAGACGAACAAAAUUCAGGUGUACCGAACAAUAAGCAAGUAAUUCAUUCCAUAAGUGCCAUAUUGUAACAAAUUAUUUAAAACAAGUAGAUUUUUGCAAAUUAACGCUAGGUAGGUUAACGAGGUGUCAUAUCUUAUAUCAUUUUUUUGCAUGCUCAAAACUUAUUUAUUUCACAUUUUUGUGAUUCCAAGUGAAUUUUUUGCCAUAUAGCUUCCCAACCAACCGACAAAUCGGUCCUUUUAUCUCUUCCUUUCUCUCCUUUUUUCGUUCAUAGCUAGUCUAUUCCUGCUUUAUCUGUUUCGUUUUUUCUCAAAUAUUAGCUAUACGUAUUAUACAAUCAUAAAAAUGAUUUUAAGCGUCGACUAUAGUCGAACUGUAUUUUAAUUGAGUUAAGCAAGUUAAUUCGUAUGUAUGAUUUUUGUAUGAGUGUAAUUAUGUUAUUUUCUGUGAUUGUAUGUGUUGUUUUUUUUAAAAAAAGAUCAGUAUUUAUAUCACAAA